GGGUGGUUUUGAGGGGCAGGUACUUGGUAGGGAAUGCAGCUGGGUGUGAGUGAGGGCAGGAGCCACAGGUGCACUCCUGGUGAGGGCAUCUGCCAGUCUCAGGCGAGCAAAGGCUUUCCACUGCGAACCGAAACCAGUGCAAACCAGGAAACAAAAAGAAAUAUUCAUUCAAGCUGUCCACGUCAGACUGCUGAGGAGUAGGUAGGUCAGUUUGGUUAAUCAUUGCCAAUUCAGACAUUCACCAGUGAUCAUAUGACCAGACCACAUCUGAGAUAAGAAAACACCCAUUCCGAGCAGAAGGAAUUGAAAGCCUCCCUUAUUUACGUUUUCUGGCUUUAUUGUUUUGCUGUAACAGAAGAGGCUCACACUUUGCUGUUGUUCUCAGAGCUCAGCCCAGCACAGCUGUUGUGUUGCUUUCCUUUUUCUGAAGAGGAAGUGAAAAAUUCUCUCCAUACAUAUGCUGGCACUUGAAUGCUUAGGUUUCACUCCCUAAUUGGGAGUUAUCUGUAAUGAGCUCUCCGUGGGACCCGGAGAGGAGCUUCCAGCUGUGCCAAGAGUUAUUUCAUUUUGUGCCAAAGGAGAAGGGGGAGAAGAAGUCUGCAAAAAGCUAAGAUGUGGAUGGUGCAAAAAUUGGUCUAAGGGUCUUGCAACCAGGAAAAGCAAAAGAAAAGCAGAAGCAGAGGGACCAACAAAGAAUCAGGAUGGGAAACUUCUUCCGGAAGCACUGUCCCUGUUUGAAGCGUUACCUUCCCUGCUUAUUCUUUGGGAGAAAUGGUGAGGAGGAAGACAAAGGAGGCCAGGUCUUCGCCAACCUUGCUGUGAUAAAACCUGACCUCCAAGCAGGACAGAAGGACUUAGAGAGUAAGAUAAAAGAGAAACCUUUACCUCCACUGCCUGGCCAGGAUCUAGCAAACAUUUGCAACUUUGUGGCACUGUUUGACUAUGAUGCUCGCACUGAGGAUGACUUGAGCUUCCGAGCUGGGGAUAAGCUGGAAGUGCUGAGUGCAUCCCAUGAGGGAUGGUGGUACGCGAAGCUCCUCCUGCCAGAGGGGUCAGCCUGUCCUGGCCGCAAGCUCACAGGCUACAUCCCUGCCAACUACAUAGCUGCUGACCAGAGCAUUGAAGCUGAGCCAUGGUUCUUUGGCUCAACCAAACGAGCAGAUGCCGAGAGACAACUGUUGUACCCUGAAAACAAGGAAGGAGCCUUCCUAAUCCGAGAAAGCGAAAGUCUAAAAGGCGAAUACUCACUCUCAGUUUUUGAUGGUACAUCUGUGAAGCACUACAGGAUCAAAAGGAUGGAUGGAAGCUUUUUCCUAACCAAAAGGAAAACUUUUAAAACUUUGAAUAAGUUGGUUGACUAUUACAGCAAGAACAAUGAUGGCCUCUGCGUGUUGCUCAGGCAACCAUGCCUAAAGAUGCAAACUCCUGCUACUUUUGAUUUGUCUUACAAAACUGUUGAUCAGUGGGAGAUAGACCGACGAUCUCUGAAAUUGGUGAAAAAAUUAGGAUCUGGUCAGUUUGGUGAAGUAUGGGAAGGACUGUGGAAUAAUACCAUCCCCGUGGCAAUCAAAACAUUAAAACCAGGUUCAAUGGAUCCAAAGGACUUUCUGAGGGAAGCACAAAUAAUGAAGAACUUGAGACAUCCAAAGCUUAUACAGCUUUAUGCUGUCUGCACUUUGGAGGACCCAAUUUAUAUUAUUACCGAGCUGAUGAGAUAUGGAAGUCUCCUAGAAUACCUUAAAAAUGGGGGCUCUCAAAUCUCCCUGACACAUCAAAUAGACAUGGCUGCUCAGGUGGCUUCUGGGAUGGCAUACCUUGAAUCUCAGAACUAUAUCCAUCGGGAUCUGGCAGCCAGGAAUGUUCUUGUUGGUGAGCAUAAUGUUUACAAAGUGGCAGACUUUGGACUUGCAAGGGUUUUUAAGGUAGAAAGUGAAAAAGUGUAUGAAGCUAGGACAGAAACAAAACUCCCAGUGAAAUGGACAGCCCCAGAGGCAAUCCGCUACAACAGAUUCAGCAUUAAAUCAGAUGUCUGGUCCUUUGGGAUUCUCCUGUUUGAAAUAAUCACCUAUGGGCAGAUGCCUUAUCAGGGUAUGCCGGGACACCAGGUGAUCCAGCUGCUGGACAAUGGGUACAGACUUCCUCAGCCAGAGACGUGCCCAGCAGCACUCUACAAGAUGAUGGAGCAGUGCUGGAGCGCGGAGGCCGAUGAGCGUCCCACCUUUGAGGCCCUCAACGAUCAGCUGGAGAACUACUUCACCAGCGAGCUCUAUUCCUUUGCCUAGGCCCAGGCCACGGGAUAUGAACCCUCCGGAUGCUCCUAAAGGAUGUGUCCUAGCCAACAUGGCUAACAGAGGCUGUGGAGUCAGCCUAACCCCAGGUUUGGGGUUAUUUGGGGGUGCUGAAGAAUCCUGGUACACUUCAUCCCCUCCCUGAUCUUCAAAGACUCUUAAAUUUUUUGCUGCUGGCAAGUAUUUUGCAAGACAAAGCAUCAGGAAGCUGGAGGGUGGGUGUUUCUAAAAAAUAGACCUCUAUUUAUUUUAAAAUUACAUAUUGCAAGAACAAAUAAUUGAAAUUAGUCUAGCUAAGUAACUAUUGUAGCUUUUUGUCAUUUUUUAUUGGAAUAACUAUUUACUAUUAGAGUUCCUAUUAGUUCGUUUGCAGGAAGGAAUGGGAUGGCUCUACACAGCAGGACCUGUGCUCCCAGAGUUCUUUCAUUGUAAAAAAUAAUAAAAGUAAUCCUGUGACUGUGA